AUGGCGAACGAGGGCGUCGACUGGGCGCUGUCAUUCGGCGACGGCGCCGACGUAGACGACGACGGCCCCGACGUGAAUGCGCAAGCCCCCGGUCCCGCCUCCAGAGGAGGUGCUGGCGGGGCGAAUGAGAAGGCGCCGCAGGAACCGAAGACGUGCCGCGUGACGGGUUGCGACGCGAUUUGUCAGACCGUGCACGAGAUUCGCGCCCGCGCGUGCGCCUCCCACUGCGCCGCGCUGUACGUGCAGCUCGAAGAGGAGCCCGAGGGAACGCAGAGCAGGUUCUGCUAUCAGUGCCACAAGUUCCACACCAUGGACGAGUACAUCACCCCGGAUGGCUCCUUGCUCCAGCGACACAACUGCUACAAGUCGCAGCAGAGGCGCCUGAUGCGCAGACGCAACAAGAGCAACGAGAAGGCGGCCGCCAAUAAGACUCACGGGGGACGCGGCAGGGGUCGCAACCAGGGCGCUAACCCGCAGGCGUACUACCUCUCGCGAGCGGCGGGCGCCAAUCGGCGAUCCUCCGUCGCGGGUGGCGCCGAGGGUGGUAUCGGCGCCGAGGGGGGAGGUGGCGGCGCGCCGGGGACCCCGUCGCCGAUGUACGCGCACGCACGCGAAAGAAACGAAGGACCGGACGCGGGAGCGGGAGGCAUGAUGCCGCCCCCUCCCCGGCGGGUCAGCGGCGGCGUGCUCAUCGAGCCCGUCACGUACGCAAACUACGAGGAACCGGUGGCGAAGACGUACCAGGAGCUGCUGCCCCCGGGGAUGCGAGCCGAGGCCGAGGAGGCGAGCAGGAACACGGCGGCGAUGGACGCGAUGCCCGCGGGACCGGGGGAGAUGACCGAGGAGAUGAUGAGGCGCCUGAGGGAGGAGGCUGUGAGGGCGCACAACGCGCAGACGCUUCGGUUCGGGUCAUUCACCGAGUCGAGCCUGAAGCCGAGGACGGCGCCGUCGGCGUCGUGAGGCGGCGUUCGGAAAGUGACUGAGGCGGAGUCACGCUGUUGUACCGAUACGAUUUUGUCUAUUUUGGAAGUGGACUCGUGGUCAAGCUGUCUUACACAAGACUGGGUGGUCGGGAGGGAGCAAAGCAUUUUCACACUUUCGCAACUUGGGGUUGCGUGGAGUAAAAGGUUUUCCGUGUACAAGUAUUUUAUAUGUCACUGAAUUUCAUACAGAA